CCUCCAGAAACAUGGCCGACAGCAAGGCCAAGCCCGCCAAGGCUGCCAACAAGACACCCCCCAAGUCCCCAGGGGACCCCGCUAAGGACAAGGCAGCCAAGAGGCUGUCACUGGAGUCGGAAGGUGCCAACGAGGGGGCGGCCGCCGCGGCACCAGAGCUCAGCGCCCUGGAGGAGGCCUUCCGGCGGUUUGCCGUGCACGGGGACACCAGGGCCUCGGGGAAGGAGAUGCACGGCAAGAACUGGUCAAAACUGUGCAAGGACUGCCAGGUGAUUGACGGGAAGAGUGUGACCGUCACCGACGUGGACAUCGUCUUCAGCAAAAUCAAAGGGAAGUCCUGCCGGACCAUCACGUUUGAGCAGUUCAAGGAGGCGCUGGAGGAGCUCUCCAAGAAGAGGUUCAGAGACAAGAGUAGCGAGGAGGCCAUCCGAGAGGUGCACAGGCUCAUCGAGGGCAAGGCCCCCAUCAUCUCAGGGGUGACGAAAGCCAUCUCGUCGCCCACCGUGUCGCGGCUCACGGACACAACCAAGUUCACCGGCUCCCACAAGGAGCGCUUCGACCCGUCGGGCAGGGGCAAGGGCAGGGCAGGCCGUGUGGACCUCGUGGACGAGUCGGGCUACGUUCCGGGCUACAAGCACGCAGGCACCUACGACCAGAAGGUGCAGGGAGGCAAGUAGCCGGUCCCCACGCGGGGCCUUCCUGCUGUCACCGAGACCCCGCAUCCUCGCACAUCCUUACAUUCCUGUGCUCACUUGGGCUGAACUCAGACGCUGGGCUGGGGCGGCUGUGGGGUGAUGCCCGGGCUCCGGCGUGCUUCUCUCCAACCCCAGGUUUGACCCCUGACCUCACUGACCUUUUCUAACACACCUGCCUCGUCCAGUGCUGGGAAGUUGACAAAUGACUGUUUCCAGUGUCUCCCAGGACCAGACUAUACCUGCCACCUGGUUUGCAGGCGAAAGGGGAGUUUUAAAGGAGCUGGUGGGCCUUGGGGAUGAGAGCAACAGACCCUGUGAGAGGUGGCGCUGACCUCCUGACCCGCAGACCCUCCCAGGAUCCGUGAGGGCAGCAUGCGCUAAUGCACUAACAAGCAGCACCAAUAAAACAGAGUGAACCCCAAAAGGACGCAGCGGUGUCUACAAGGGCACCGUGCAGGUGUGCAGAUGGGACACGUGGGGACACGCUUGCACACUCAUGCUCAUGCGCGCACACGCUUACACACGUGCAGCCACGC